GUUGUCCCCUUCGGGGUGACAUACGAAAAAAUUGGAACGAUACAGAGAAGAUUAGCAUGGCCCCUGCACAAGGAUGACACGCUUUCCCGGAGUGGUAGACCUACGGGUCUCAAUAUUUAUUUUAUGCCCGCUUGCCAAAUUCGACAGACUCCUGCAAGAAUCUCGCCCUGGUCUCGUACCAAGUUGUCCCAAUUCCGGACGCGGGCCACAAAGCUAAUUCUCGUGAAGCUACUGCAGUGA